UUUCUUCAGCCAGGAAGUCCUUGAAGCUGUAGGCUCCAGACUGCUCUGAUUCAACAUUGCCAAAUGUAGCUUUGAUUUGCUUUCCUUUUCCCUUUGAUAAACACUCUGUUCCCAAGUUGUAACUUAAUGUAAAACCUGACAGUAUGAGCGUGGCAUCUUGGACUUCCAUCAGUUUCUGGUACUCCACUGACCCUCAUGGACCCAGUUAAGAGAGGCAGACAUGAAAUUUGGCACCUUUUGGUCACAGCCUGUUGGAUGCUUGUUUUUGGAACUGCUAAUGGUGGCAUUAAGAGUAAAACUGUGAGGAAUCCAGAAGCUAACAUGAACAUUAGCCAGAUUAUUUCCUACUGGGGCUACCCCAGUGAAGCAUAUGAUGUUGUAACAGAAGACGGCUUCAUUCUUGGGGUUUACAGGAUUCCUUAUGGGAAAGGACACUCUGAGAGAACAGCUCAGAGGCCCAUUUUCUAUUUGCAGCAUGGGAUGUUUGUGUCUGCUAGUAGCUGGGUCGCAAAUCCACCCUACACCAGCCUAGCCUUCACUUUGGCAGAUUCAGGUUAUGACGUGUGGAUGGGGAACAGCCGUGGGAACAUCUGGUCACGGAAACACAUGCGCUAUUCUCCAGAAUCACCAGAAUUCUGGGCUUUCAGUUUUGAUGAAAUGGCUAAAUAUGACCUCGUCGCCACCUUGAAUUUCAUUAUGAACAAAACCAAUCAGGAGAAACUGUAUUAUGUGGGCCAUGCCCAGGGCACCACCAUUGCUUUGGCAGCAUUCUCUACCAAUCCGAAGCUGGCUGAGAGGAUCAAGAUGUUCUUCGCCUUGGCUCCAGUGGUCUCAGUACAACACAGCAGGGGCCCCCUAAAGACCCUGAUAUCCAUUCCUACAUCCUUAUUCAAGGUUAUCUUUGGUAGAAAGGAGCUGUUCCCAAAGUCUGCCUUCAAUCAGUUCCUUAGCAGCCAAGUGUGCAACCGGAAAGGGUUCAAUGUUCUCUGUACAGACUUCCUCUUCCGUAUAUAUGGAUACGAUCGGGAAAACAUGAACAUGAGUCGCCUAGAUGUCUAUCUGUCUCAGAACUCAGCUGGAACCUCUGUCCAGAACAUAGUCCACUGGAGUCAGAUUCUCCAUUCUGCAAAGUUCCAAGCUUAUGACUGGGGGAAUCCAGCUGCAAAUAUGGCACAUUUUAACCAGGUGACCCCUCCCUUGUAUGAUUUGGGAGCCAUGAAGAUACCAAUAGCCAUAUGGAGUGGGCAACAAGACCGCUUUGCUUCCCCCAAAGAAGUGGAAAAUUUGCUCCCUAAACUCCCCAACCUUAUAUAUCACAAGAAGAUCCCAUACUACAACCACAUAGAUUUUCUGCUGGGCCUGGAUGCACCUCAGGAAUUCUUCCACGAAAUUCUUUACUUGAUAAAGACAUACAUGAAACAUUACAGACCUUGUCAUUUCCUUGUAUCUGGUUGGGAGGCUGGGGGGCUUCAGGGUUGGGAGAAGCAAGAGAUACAGUGGUGGGACUCAAAUGAAUUAACAACUGUUCUCCAAGGAACCGAACCGAGCCGAGCCGCCCCCACUAAUAGCUGGUUCACAGAACUAAACCUAAAAUUAGGUACCCGUUCUACCAAACUGGUGUGA